AUGUCGGAUACCUUGGAUACUGUGGUCUGUAGGCGUCGCCCGACCGAGUGUACCUCAGAGGCCGACAAAUAUGUUGAUGAACAUUCGGAUUCUAAGGCUGCCGAUGACUCCAAACUUCCCAGGCUGACUCUUAUGGAGGAGAUCCUUCUGCUAGGUUAUAAGGACCGCGAGGGAUAUACCUCUUUCUGGAAUGACAAUAUCAGCGUUGGUCUUCGCGGGUGUUUCUUAAUCGAGUUAGCAUUCCGCGGAAGAAUAGCUUUGGAGCCUCCAUCAGCAAGGCGGCGUUUUAUUCUAAACAGGAACGUCGUUGUGGUAAAGGACGUGCCGACCGGUGAUAUGCUACUGGACGAGGCACUCCGCACGAUUCAUAGUAAUGAGCCAACCGAUGUUAAGUCAUGGAUUGAAUACCUCAGUGGUAAGCCGUUUCUUCUUUCUCAAUGGUUGUAGGCGAAACCUGGAACCCAUUUAAAAUUACCCUACAAAUGCGAAAUGUUAGGGAAAGGAUUGCAAAAAAUCUGGUUGAAAAAGGAAUUUGUUCUACUGAAAAACAAAAUUUUGUCAUAUUCGAUAUGACGACUCAUCCCCUUGUAAAUACUCCCACUAAACAAUACGUUAUGCAACGGCUAAGGGACUCCAUCCUGUCAAAUUGGUCCGAGGACAUACAAAGAAUGGAUAA